AUUUAUGUUUAUGUCAAACAGACGUCAAUAUUCUACCUUACCGACCGAAUUUACUUUUCCAAUUUCUACAUAAUAAACCGAAAUAAUUAAAGUAAUUAUGCUAGCAUGCUACAUUAGAGAGUGCACGUUUGUUUUCUAAGUUAACGGUUUCCUCUGUAUUAUAACAAGGUAUCACAUAGAACUAACCUUCACAUAAUAAUCCUGCAUACACUUAUCUAAUGAAUCAUCUUGUUUGAUCAAGUGUCUUUAGAAUAUCUUGCAGUAGAACUACUUGACAAUGGACUUGUUUGAAGAGAAGCGUAAGGUCCCACCAAUGCUGCAAACACUUCUGAGAUACGAUGUUCAAGUUACAAAGAGAUUUGUUGAAAAUGCACUUAAAACAACUGCCUUUAGGUCUCUUCGUAAUCAUGCUAAAUUUCUGGAGGUAUCCUGUCACGGCAUUGUGUGGCUGGCCGGCUGGCUGACAUUUGUGUGGCUCUUCAACAACAAGGACCUCUACCAGCUCCAAGUUAACAUGCUCAUUGCAUUAAUACUGGAUAUCAUAGUAAUAGCUGUGCUGAAAGCAGUAGUGCGAAGGCGCAGGCCAGUACCGAUGAACAAGUUAUCUGAGCUGGGCCCAGACAAGUUCUCGUUCCCCUCAGGCCAUGCAAGCCGGGCUGUGCUGAUCACAUUUGUUCUCAUGGUCCUGGACCCAGUAGCUGUCAUAUUCUACCCUCCAUUGCUUGCGUGGGUGACGGCUGUCUGCAUAUCUCGAGUGCUGCUAGAAAGGCACUACAUCCUGGAUGUCCUCGCUGGAUGUGGCAUCGGCGUCCUGGAAGGUCUAGUCAUGUGCAUACUGUGGUUCUCUCAGAGCACUUCCGCUUGGAUCCUGUCAUCACUAUCUGAUGAGAAGUUGGAUGGUGGAGAAUACCAUGUUUAAAGUUCAAACAUAUUUUAUUGUUCAGUAACUAAUCUACCAAAUAAUUAAUUCUAUCGAGUAGUUGUAACUUAUCUCGCACUGGCAAGAUAAUUUAUAGCACAGUAGAAAAAUGUGUUAAAGAGUGUGCUUAGUUAUUUGUGAUUUAAUGUAAUUAUAAUAUGAAAUAAUCUUAUUUGAAAAGUAUAAGUGAAGUUAAAUUAGUGGAACAUAUAUAUUUUAUACUACAAUAAUUUAUUUAACACAGUUUAAUUGUAACAGUGUGAGAAAUUUUAAAAUAUAUUGUUGCAUUUAA